GUUUCCUGUUUCUAAUUACAAUUUAAUUUUAUUCUAACGCAACCAAGUGAACAAUAUUUUGUCCGAUUUUUCUAUAUUUGAAAUUUAUUUACAUCUACUCGUACUUUAUUUACGCGAUUGAAAAUACGUGCCGUUUGCAAAGAAAAGAAAAGAAAAAAUAAAUAAAUUACGCGACAAACGAAUAUCACGAUUUUUUGCACUUUAUUUCUGCACGUUUUAUUGAAAUUAAUUAAAAUGUGAAUGUAUGACUCGUUCCGUUCGAAUGUGACCACUGACUGUACGAAAUGCGGAAUAGCUGUUCGACGUUCAAAUAAUUUCUUCUAGGUUAGCAGAGUUUCGUCAGAUUGAUCAGCGAUAAAGUAAGGUUAUAAUUUUAAGGAAGUUUUAAGUAGAUUGGAGCGGCAAACACAACGUUUAACACAAAUAAGGACAUUCAUGCGAAUGUGAAACGAUGCGCUUUAUGACAGCGGUGAAUUUCAAGGUUUUGCCCGUUUUUCGGCAACGUAUGACGAACGUCCGAUCGUUCUGCAGAAAUCAUUGGCCAGGCAACGAGGAAUUGCCGGUGCGAGCGCAGUUUGAGAAAAUAAAGCUUCACGAAUAUCAUGGAACAUUCGCUAAAAGUAUCCACAGCCGUCGACAAACCGCGGCUAUUGUCUGCCUUAGAUCGUUUGCCACUAAACGAUACAACGACAAAGAUUCAUCUAAUAAUAGUAACAAUGAAGAUGAUAUUGGUGAUCCAGCUUCAUUACCAGCGACAGUGGUUGUACCAGAAGUAUGGCCUCAUGUUCCUGUUAUAGCAAUCAAUAGAAAUCCAGUGUUUCCAAGAUUCAUAAAAUUAAUAGAACUUAGUAAUCCAAUUCUCAUAGAUUUGAUUCGUAGAAAGGUUAAAUUAAAUCAGCCGUAUGUUGGAAUCUUCUUAAAGAAAACAGAAGAGAAUGAAGCAGAAAUAGUACAAAAUUUAGAUGACAUUUAUCCCGUUGGAACAUUUGCACAGAUACAUGAAGUACAAGAUUUAGGAAAUCGGUUGAGAUUAGUUGUAAUGGCACAUAGAAGAAUUAAGAUUGUUGGUCAAAUAUUAGAAGAACUUCCAAAACCUCAAGAUGAUCCAGUUUCGGGUGGCAAAGCAAGCCGUAGAUCAUUAAUCCGUAAAAAAACGGAAAACAAAAUACCAGAACUAGUACAGAAAAUUGAAGAAGUUAAUACUUCUGAAAAUAAAAUAAUCGAAGGAGCACAGGAGAAAGUUGAAGAAAAAGUAAAUCUUUCGACAGAUUCAACAGCUCAAACUGGCAAUCCUCAGGCUUUAUUAAUGGUAGAAGUUGUAAAUAUUACUCACGAGAAGUUUAGGCAGACUGAAGAAAUUAAAGCUUUGACACAAGAAUUAAUCAAAACAAUUCGGGAUAUAAUAAGUAUGAAUCCAUUGUACCGUGAGUCUUUACAACAAAUGUUGCAUCAAGGGCAGAGAGUUGUAGAUAAUCCCGUUUAUUUGAGUGACUUGGGUGCAGCUCUAACAGGAGCAGAUGCACAAGAAUUGCAACAAGUAUUAGAAGAAAUGGAUAUUUCAAAAAGAUUAAGAUUGUCGCUGGCACUUUUAAAGAAAGAAUAUGAAUUAAGUAAACUUCAACAAAAAAUUGGUAGAGAAGUUGAAGAAAAGGUUAAACAACAGCACAGAAAAUAUAUUCUUCAUGAACAAUUAAAAGUUAUUAAAAAAGAAUUGGGUCUUGAAAAAGAUGACAAAGAUGCUAUAGGAGAAAAAUAUAGAGAACGUAUAAGAGAGAAAACAGUUCCAAAAGCAGUAAUGGAUGUGCUGGAAGAAGAAUUAAAUAAAUUAAAUUUUUUGGAGAGUCACAGUAGUGAAUUUAAUGUGACGAGAAAUUACUUGGAUUGGCUUACAUCCAUGCCAUGGGGUGUAACUAGCCCAGAAAAUUUAAAUCUUCAGCAAGCAAUUGAAAUUUUAGACAAAGACCAUUAUGGAAUGGAAGAUAUAAAAAAACGAAUCCUAGAAUUUAUUGCUGUUAGUCAACUGAAAGGCUCAACACAAGGAAAAAUAUUAUGUUUUCACGGACCACCAGGCGUUGGGAAAACAUCAAUAGCCAAAUCAAUUUCUCGUGCACUUAAUAGAGAGUACUUUAGAUUUAGUGUCGGUGGAAUGACAGAUGUUGCAGAAAUCAAAGGUCAUAGAAGAACUUAUGUAGGUGCCAUGCCUGGUAAAAUUAUUCAGUGUUUAAAAAAGACCAAAACUGAAAAUCCACUUGUUCUCAUCGAUGAAGUUGAUAAAAUUGGAAAAGGCCAUCAAGGUGAUCCAGCAUCUGCCCUUUUGGAAAUGUUAGAUCCAGAGCAAAAUGCAAACUUCUUGGAUCAUUAUUUAGACGUUCCUGUUGAUUUAUCGAAAGUGCUUUUCAUUUGCACGGCAAAUGUGAUCGAUACGAUUCCAGAACCUUUAAGAGAUCGCAUGGAAAUGAUAGAUAUGUCAGGUUACGUUGCAGAGGAAAAACUUGCUAUCGCUAAACAAUAUUUAGUACCGCAAGCUAUGAAUGAUUCAGGCCUCACUAAUCAACAGAUCACUAUAAAUGAUAAUGCGCUUCAUUUGUUAAUUAAAUCUUAUUGUCGAGAAUCAGGAGUAAGAAGUCUUCAGAAACACAUAGAGAAAGUUACUCGAAAAGUUGCGUUCAAAGUGGUUAAAAAAGAAACAGAAAAAGUAGAUGUAACUGAGCAUAAUUUACAAGACUUUGUAGGAAAACCCGUGUUUACACAUGACAGAAUGUACGAAAUUACGCCUCCUGGAGUCGUUAUGGGUCUUGCAUGGACAGCUAUGGGAGGUUCUACUUUGUUCAUCGAAACAAGAGUGAGGAAACCUUCUACAGGAAAAAAAUCAGAGGGUACAUUAGAAUUUACAGGCCAUUUAGGUGAUGUGAUGAAAGAAUCUAUUCACAUAGCUAUGACGGUUGCAAGAAACUUUAUGUCUCAACAAGAUCCAUCUAAUACUUUUUUGAUCGACUCUCAUCUACAUUUACACGUUCCUGAAGGCGCUACACCGAAAGAUGGUCCCAGCGCAGGUAUCACGAUUGCAAUAGCAUUGAUUUCGCUUGCUAAGAAUCAGUCAAUUAGACAAAAUGUUGCGAUGACUGGUGAACUGAGUCUCAUGGGUAGAGUUCUUCCUGUUGGUGGUAUUAAAGAAAAGACAAUUGCUGCAAAACGAGUUGGUGUAAAUUGUGUAAUUCUACCUGAAGAAAACAAAAAAGAUUACAAUGAUCUUCCUAAAUAUAUUACAGACGGUCUGGAAGUUCAUUUUGCCUCGACUUUCGAAGAUGUGUAUCGCAUAUGUUUUGCACCACAGCAAGAAAGCGAUACUAUUCGUCAUGAAAAAUCUUUAACUUUUGAUAUUUCACAGCCACAAAGCGCACCACUUUUAGGUAAAAGUACUGACUGAAUUAUUUAAGGACUAAGUACUUAUACAAUGUAAAGAUUGAUUAUCGUACGAUCCUAUAUAUGUCUGGUUUACUUAAAACAUUCACUGCAGAUCAGAUUUGAAAAUAAUUGAAUUUAUUCUAUAUUGUUUUAUAUAAAAUCAUUGAAAUAAAAAUAGUAGAGAGCUGAUAAGUUUAAAA